UGCAGCCAACAAAUCUCUCUCUUGCUGCUUCUCAGAGAUAAGUCAGCAGCACUGAGGGGGGCUGAAGCCAUGGGGUUCGCAAAUAUCAUCCUGCACCUCUGGGCCUGGAUAUUCAUGCUAUGGAGUGUUGCUAAUAUCUCCAUCGCAGUGUCACCUGUAGAAAUUCCAGAUUCCUCUUGCUCAGGCCCCCAAGGGACAGAAUUUAUCACAGUCUUCAUGCAGAAUCACUUACCAAGUUAUGGCAAUAAAGACUUCAAGUUGUUCAUCACUGGCUACAUCCCUGGGACGUUCGUCACCAUCUCAGUAAAUAAAGCAGAUUUUUUUACUACUGUCACUGCAAAUCCAGAACAGACAGUAUCUGUGAUGAUCCCAGCGUUUGUGGAGCUGGCAGGAAGCAACAUAUUUAAUCACACGGUCAUCAUCCGUGCUGAUCAUGAGAUUUCCAUCCUUGCUCUGAACUACAAGGCCUAUACGGCUGAUACCACUGUAGUGUACCCUGAGGAUAAGCUUGGGAGAGAGUACUAUGUGGUGACUCCAGUGGGGAAUCCAGAUGGUCUCGACAAGCAAUUUGCUGUAGUAGCCUGGAAGGAUCCCACCACUGUUGAAAUUUACCUCAAAGGGGCUGUUACUUUCCAAAGAAAAGCCUACACAGCAGGGACAAAACUGGACAUCUCACUUGGAGCUUACCAGGCUGUCCAGCUGCAAAGCUGUGAUGACUUAUCCGGCACCAGGAUCGUGUCCCAGAAUCCCGUGGCUGUCUAUAGUGGACAUGUAUGUGUUGCAAAGCACACCAAAUGUGACUACGUGAGUGAGCAGCUCCUGCCGGUGUCUGUCUGGGGCACCACAUUCAUUGUACCGCCCUUAUCCUUCCAGCCCAAUUUUGACCUGGUGUAUGUGGCUGCUUCCCAACACACUCGCAUUGAUUAUCAGUCUGGGAGUGCAAGAGCCACAAGGAACCUGGUUGCUGGGCAGGUUGUGACAUUUGAAAUAAAAGUCUCUAAUCCCUUGUACAUCUCUGCUAGUGCUGGGAUCCAAGUCGCCUUCUUCUGCACUGGUGGGAGCAAAGGGAAAAUCGUGUACGAUCCCUUCUUCCUGAUGAUCCCAGAUGUCUCUGGCUAUUGCCAGACCUAUAACAUCCAUGGACAGGACCUGUUUGAGAACUAUGCUAUGAUUGUAGCCAAGACGGCGGAGACUGCUGAUGUUACUAUUGAUGCGGAACCACUACGGUUUACUGUGUGGAUGCCUAUUCCAGGCACAGCAUAUUCUUGGACUACGUACAACUUGGGAAGUGGGUUUAGCAACCACACCAUAGAGAACCCCAGCUCCCCAUUUGGUGUCCUGAGUGUUGGGAUUAAAGAGAAGGCUGGAUAUGGCUCCACAGCUAUUGGUGGCAUUUCUGGUGCUGCCCCUACUGUUCAACCUCCAGAUCUUCCCAGUACCUCUUGCUCAUGCCCCCAAGGGACAGAAUUUAUCACAGUCUUCAUGCAGAAUCUCUUACCAAGUUAUGGCAAUAAAGACUUCAAGUUGUUCAUCACUGGCUACAUCCCUGGGACGUUCGUCACCAUCUCAGUAAAUAAAGCAGAUUUUUUUACUACUGUCACUGCAAAUCCAGAACAGACAGUAUCUGUGAUGAUCCCAGCGUUUGUGGAGCUGGCAGGAAGCAACAUAUUUAAUCACACGGUCAUCAUCCGUGCUGAUCAUGAGAUUUCCAUCCUUGCUCUGAACUACAAGGCCUAUACGGCUGAUACCACUGUAGUGUACCCUGAGGAUAAGCUUGGGAGAGAAUACUAUGUGGUGACUCCACUGGGGAAUCCAGAUGGUCUCGACAAGCAAUUUGCUGUAGUAGCCUGGAAGGAUCCCACCACUGUUGAAAUUUACCUCAAAGGGGCUGUUACUUUCCAAAGAAAAGCCUACACAGCAGGGACAAAACUGGACAUCUCACUUGGAGCUUACCAGGCUGUCCAGCUGCAAAGCCGUGAUGACUUAUCCGGCACCAGGAUCGUGUCCCAGAAUCCCGUGGCUGUCUAUAGUGGACAUGUAUGUGUUGCAAAGCACACCAAAUGUGAUUACGUGAGUGAGCAACUCCUGCCGGUGUCUGACUGGGGCACCACAUUCAUUGUACCUCCUUUAUCCUUCCAACCCAAAUUUGACCUGGUGUAUGUGGCUGCUUCCCAACACACUCGCAUUGAUUAUCAGUCUGGGAGGGCGAGAGCCACAAGGAACCUGGUUGCUGGGCAGGUUGUGACAUUUGAAAUCAAAUUCCCUAAUCCCUUGUACAUCUCUGCUAAUGCUGGGAUCCAAGUCGUCUUCUUCUGUGCUGGUGGAAGCAAAGGGAAAAUAGCGUAUGAUCCCUUCCUCCUGAUGAUCCCAGAUGUCUCUAGCUAUUGCCAGACCUAUAACAUCCAUGGACAGGACCAGUAUGAUAACUACGCAAUUAUAACAGCCGAAACAUCAGAAUCUGGUGGCAUCACCAUUGAUAAGGAACCCUUGGGAGUCAUUGCAUGGAGGCCAAUUCCAGGCACAGUGUUCUCUUGGGCUGAAUACAACCUUGGCAAAGGGUUUAAGAGACAAACUAUGGAGCACCCCACAUCUCCUUUUGGACUUCUGAGCAUUGGGAUUGCAUCCAAACCUGGGUAUGGCUCAGCAGCUAUCGGUGCAAGCAGUGAGUAA